UUGUUCAUUAGCCAUGAAAGCAGUAGUACUACUUUUAUUUUUGUGCCUGGCUGUAGCCAGUGCCAACUUGGAACGCUGGAAGGAGUAUCCGUUAAUUGCAAACUCUUGCCAGGAUGCGCCCCGGGACGGCAUUUACAAUAUUCGCUUAAGCAGCGGUAAACUCAUCACGGGGUACUGUGAUGUUUCGCUCAAUGGAUCACCCUGGCUGGUGAUACAAAGACGUGUUAGCGUCGAUGUCAACUUCUAUAGGAACUGGUCCGCCUAUCAGCGUGGCUUUGGCGACUUGGAAGGCAGCUUCUUCAUAGGUCUGAAUAACUUAAAUGAGAUUACGAGCGAGAGGCUGCAGGAACUUUAUGUCUAUCUGGAGGACUUCGAUGGCGAGAAACGCUUUGCCAGAUACGAUGAAUUUGCCAUUGGCAACGAGGCUAACCUGUAUGGUCUGAACAAACUUGGCAAAUAUUCAGGCAAUGCUGGAGACUCGCUUGCUUGGCAUCGCGAUAUGAAGUUUACUACCUACGAUAGAGAUAAUGACAGAGAUGCAAGGAACUGCGCUGUAGAGUUUACAGGUGCUUGGUGGCACAACACUUGUCAUGAGAGCAAUCUGAACGGACUUUAUUUGGGCGGUGAAUUUAGUAAGGAUCAGUUCGGGCGUGGAAAUAGCUGGAGAGCAUGGAGAGGUCAUAACUAUAGCUACAAAACUGUGCAAAUGAUGAUUCGACCUGUAGCCUAAAGUUUCAACAACAGCUCAAGAGUAAUAAUUACAAUUUUAUAUAAAUAAUUGAAACA